GCCGCCGUGGCCUACUCGAAGCCGCGCUUGGCCACGUUCUGGUACUACGCCAAGGUGGAGCUGGCCCCGCCGAGCCCCGCCGAGAUCCCCCAGGCCAUCGACAGCAUGAAGGCCAUGGUCCGGAGCUUCCAGAGCGGCCGCCUGGCGCAGCUCACCGUCAAGGAAGCGCUGAGGAAUGGUCUGGUGGCCACGGAGGUGCUGAUGUGGUUUUACAUUGGGGAGAUCAUAGGCAAGGGCAACCUGAUCGGGUACAACGUCUGA